CACAAGCACCUCAUAUGGUCUCAAUCAGGCCUGGAUCGAUGGCGGAUCGAGCCCGGCUUGCAAAGAUACCACCGCCGGAGGCAGCUCUAAAGUGUCCUCGCUGUGAAUCUACCAACACGAAAUUCUGCUACUUCAACAACUACAGCCUGUCUCAACCCAGGCACUUCUGCAAGACCUGUAGGCGUUACUGGACAAGAGGAGGCGCUCUCAGGAACGUUCCGGUUGGCGGAGGAUGCCGCAGAAACAAGAAGACCAAGAAGAAGCCGCUCCAAGUCUCCGGCAGCCUCCGACAAACAGCCACCGUCUAACCCCUCAUCAGGCGGGGCCGCCAUAGCCACCGAGCUGAUUGGUCAUAUGCCGUCCCAAGCAUCUAAUUUACCAUUCAUGGCGUCCUUACAGAAUCUGAGUCGCUAUGGCGUGGGAAGCAUGGGCCUCAACUUGCAAGGACAGAGUGAUCACAUGUUC